AUGCACCCGCGGCGCCCUGAGGGUUUCGAUGGCCUGGGCUUCCGCGGGGGCGCCCGGGAGGAGCUGGGCCAAGGCACAAGGCCCUUCGGCAGCGUCUCGGAUCUGGGCCACUGGGUGACCAGCCCGCCCGACAUCCCUGGCAGCCGCAACCUGCACUGGGGGGAGAAGACGCCGCCGUUCGGGGCGGGGACCCCCUUGGGGGGCGCCAUCCUCAACGAGGAGCCCAGCCUCGGGGCGGGCGGCCCCGGCGCCGGUAAGGGAGGGCCCAGCCUGCAGUUGAACAGAUUUGCAGGUUUUGGCAUUGGCCUUGCAAGCCUUUUUACAGAAAAUGUACUGGCACAUCCUUGCAUUGUUCUACGACGUCAGUGUCAGGUUAACUAUCAUGCUCAGAAUUACCAUCUCACUCCAUUUACUAUUGUCAAUGUUAUGUACAGCAUCAAUAAGACACAGGGUCCAAGAGCUCUCUGGAAAGGAAUGGGCAGCACUUUCAUUGUUCAGGGCAUAACCCUGGGAACAGAAGGCAUCAUCAGUGAAUUUACAACUUUACCACGGGAGCUUUCUCAUAAAUGGAACCUCAAGCAGAUAGGUGGACACCUUCUACUCAAAGGUUUAACACACGUGAUAGCAAUGCCUUUUUAUUCUGCAAGCCUGAUUGAAACUGUACAGAGUGAAAUAAUUCGAGAUAAUCCUGGUAUCCUGGACUGCGUGAAAGAAGGAAUCGGCAGAGUUGUGGGUAUGGGAGUACCACACAGCAAGCGUCUCCUUCCUCUUAUGGUCUUGACUUUCCCAACCGCUCUACAUGGAGUUCUGCACUAUGUCAUCAGUUCCAUCAUCCAGAAGCUUGUUUUGUGUGUUCUGAAAAGGGACGGUUCCCGCAACCUUCCUACCGAGAGCUCCACUUCUGUGCAAAGCAUGCUGGGUGCAUAUUUUCCAGAACUCCUUGCUAGUUUUGCUGCUAGCCUUUGUGCUGAUGUCUUGCUUUACCCACUAGAGACCGUUUUACAUCGCCUUCAUAUUCAAGGGACACGCACAAUAAUUGACAAUACAGACCUGGGCUAUGAAGUGCUUCCGAUCAAUACUCAGUAUGAGGGAAUGAGAGACUGUGUAAAUACUAUAAAAAGAGAAGAAGGAAUGCUAGGCUUUUAUAAAGGGUUUGGAGCUGUUGUAGUACAGUAUACUUUACAUGUGGCAGUUUUACAGCUUACCAAAAUCAUUUACUCAACACUGCUUCAAAAUGUUUCUUAAUCUGUUCAGGUGUGGAUUUAGCAUGGUGGACAUGAUAGACUUAGGUAAUUGUUUAAAAUGGCUUACAAAAGUAAGUCAGAAGAAUCUAUGCAUUCUUCCUUAUGCUCUAAAGAACUUGUUUUAAAAUUGGGGAUAUAGAUUCCUAAGUGUAAUUAAAGUACUGUUUAAAUGUAAAGCUAGAGACACAAAUGUAGUAUGUAGUCACACAGAAGGGGAUGUUUUCAACUCCUUGCAACUGGAGUUGAUAGUAAAAUAGAAACUGUAAAGGUAACUUAAGUGGACAUAAAUUUCAGAGUUUACAGGUACAUGGAAGACUUAUUUUGCUGCAGAGUGGCAGUAGAUGACAGAAAUCUUGCUUUGUUGGUUUGGAAAAGUUGCACAGAAUGCGUAUUUGGCUGUCUUGCAUCUUGCAAGGCUUGCAGUAACUGGAGUGUGUUAAUAAAUUAGAAACUGAUGUAUGCAUGCAUGUGUGCCAUAUUUAGCCUACUUUCCACACAUCUUCAGGGUUUUACUCUGCUGCUUUGUCUAUGAAUAGAAGAAUUUUACAAAUGUUUCAAUCUUCAAAGUGUGUAACAAGUCUGAAUUAUCAAUUGGCUAUUUCUAGAGUUUCUCUUUUGUUAGAUCAGAGGGAUAUAUACAUAACUAUCUACUAUUUAUUACUGAUGUCCGUUUAAAAUUACUGCUGGAUUAGAUAUUUUGUGGAGCAGAAUAAGGUCGGUUUAUGUGCAAGUAAACUACUGGAAUGUACGAAUUUUGUCCUUUUCCCCUAAUAAAUCAAGACUUUCAUUCUGAAAAUCAAUUCUGAUCAUUCUAAAUAACUUAGUCCUUGGUUUCAUCAGUAAAUAUCAUGAACACUGUAGGAGAUUUUUACAAAUAUAUGGAGAGUUACUUUAAAACCAUAUCAGAGGCUGCUGCCUUUUUCACAUUUUGUGGUUAGUCUUAGUGAAUAUUGUAAAUUGGUGUGCAUUUUCAUCAUUAAUCAUUGUGUAGUUGUUGUCACUUGUGGAAAUUAGUCCUGGCAAAAUAAUUUUAAAAGUUGCUGUUCCUUAAGUGCUGGCUUUAAAUCGUUUGC